GUGCGAUAUUGACCAAUCAGCGGGAGGGGUUGUUUACGUUUAUGUUUCACUCUGUGAUAGUACAUUGAAUAUCGUUGAUUUUUUAACGAGGAAUUAGUAGUGAAUUCGUGAUAAAAAUCGUGUGAAAAUUUUAUAGAAUCACUAAAUAUAGGAUACAUUAAUGAAAUAAACCAAGAUAUUCAACAUCAACAGCCGGGGAAGUCUAAAAAUUACAUCACAUUCUUGUUGUUUUGAGAAUGACAUUUUAUUAUCGCGGUUCAAGGCUGUUCGAGAUGUUUGUGUAACAAUACAAUAACAUAUGAAAAUGAAACCCAUGGAUUUACAAUUUACUUAGAUAACAUAUGAAAAUGUGAAUAGUGAUAUGAUUUUCAUUGUUUUACGGAGUUGGUCAUGUGAUUAAUUGAUAUUUAGGGAUUUGUUUGUGACAGUCAUGUACUCCGCGUUAGGAUUAUCAUUCAUUGAUAAAAGCCGCCAUUGAAAUCCCAGACAAAAUAAUUUUCGUGUUUACAAGGCCGGCAAUGGUCGGCUACGGGUCACUGCGACCCUGGGCUUUAGUGUUUCCUUUUCAGUAAUAUAAUGAACAUGUAGAAAUUUUUAAUAUGCUGGGUGUGAAUUUUAUGAAAGCAAUUUUAAUUCUGGCAUGGCCCUUGGUGACCCUCGCUCAACUGGACCCACGUGAAGGAUUAAGAGAUGCCAGUGUAACUGCUGUGCGGUUGACCAAUUCUAGCCAUAACAACUAUGGCAUUCUUGAGAUCUACUUUGAACGAACAUGGACGGCAGUGUGCGAUGAUAGUUUUACCAAUAUUGACGCUAUGGUUGCAUGUCGCCAGCUGAACUUUAACGAUGGCCGGCUCCAAAAAGGUUCAGCUCUCGGCAUUAAUCAAGCACCAAUUAAAGCCGUGAAGUUUCAGUGUAAGGGUACUGAAUCAAGCCUUAAUAAAUGCAAAACGACGGUUAGCAGCACCUGCCUGUCCAAUAACUAUGUCACCUUAUACUGCAGUCGGACAUUAAUCAUAGAAAAAGAUUUUCCGGAAAUCCGAAUCAAAGAUGGUCAAAGUUCGGGCCUUUUAGAAGCUAAUCAAUACGGGUUCUGGGGACCGAUAUGUGACACUGGCUGGACCGAUAUGGAAGCUCAUGCUGCGUGCCAACAACUUGGUAAAGCUGGUGGUUACGCUUAUUACGCCACAACAGACUCUGACUAUCCUAUGGUGGUUGGAAGAUUCAACUGUUCUGAUGAUGUGGACGCUCUUAAUGAAUGCGAUUUCAAAGGAUUCGGUGAAUCCCUUGGCUGUCAAUACCCAAUAACUAGAGGGUCCAGACGAGCAGCUGGCGUCUUUUGCUAUGAUCAUCAAGAUGGCGUACAAUUUCGUCUCUCUGAUCGCUGGUAUGGUAAAGUACAGGUAAAACACAACGGGGAAUGGGGCCGCAUCUGCAACGCUAACUGGGGUAACAAGGAAGCCAGUACACUAUGUAGACAGCUCGGCUAUGUUGACGGACGGGCAGAAAACACUCCGAGUAAAAGUAGCGGAAUGAUACGCAUGGAUAAUGUAAAUUGCAGCGGAACCGAGAGUUCUAUAUUAGAAUGCAAUCAUCGCUCUAGCUGGACAGAUUCUUUAGAACCUUGUAACGAUGCGAGAGCAAUCUGCAAUACAACAAUUUGUGGCAGCAUAGAUAUCCGAAAUGACAUAAAGAAUUUAAAUCGACUUGAGAACUGUACAGUGAUUGAAGGAAACUUAACGUUCCUACUGAUCGAUACCGGAAAAUGGGAAGACUACCAGAAAUACAGCUUUCCGAACCUUAUUGAAAUAACGGAGUUCCUUCUCUUGUUCAGAGUCAUUGAUCUAAGAAGCUUGAAUCAUUUGUUCCCGAACCUCGCCAUAAUUCGCGGAGAUCGACUCUUCAGUGAUUAUGCAUUGGUUGCUUUUGAAAUGCCAGAUCUCGUUGAACUUGGGCUGUCUAGUUUGGUAUCGAUACCUCGAGGUGCCGUCAGGUUGGAGAAAAAUCCAAACCUUUGCUAUAUCGAGACAGUGGAUUGGGCGAAAAUAACAACGGGAGUGACGAUGUCAGAGAACUACUUUAAAGGCAAUAAAGAUGUACAAGAAUGCGUGAAUAGUUGUCCAAAUACAUGCGAUAUGACCAUUGAAUUCGAUAAAGAAGUGCACAGAUGCUGGACUAUGAAUGACUGUCAGAAAAUGUUGUCUCCGCCGGCAAACUGCGAAACUGGUUUCUACAAUGGUAAGACGUGCUGUGAUGCCAACUGUAUAGGCGGCUGCACCGGACCGUCACCGCAACAAUGCACAGCUUGUAAACAAGUGAUGCAAUACACAGGAAAUGGAUUUCCUACAUGUACAAAAAGAUGUACUGCAGGAACAUACAUGUACAAAAACCGCAGAUGCCUUCUUGAUUGGGAGUGUUUGAACUUCACUGAUUACCCGACAGGGAUGGGUUAUGGUCAAUUCUUGAAGCUGAUCAUGUCGACAGACAAGCGCAAGCCCGGACUCUGUGCCGCUGAUUGCCCUCCCGGUUAUAAUACCGACUCAAAUGACCACCAGAAAUGUGUCCUAUGCAAAGGAAAAUGCCCGAAAAAAUGCAGUGGGAAAGUUAUUGACAGUGUGAAUUCAGUACAAGAACUAAAAGACUGCAACAUAGUCGAAGGACCACUACAUAUCAAACUUAUGCAAGGAGGUCAGAUUGCCCAGGAACUUGAGGCUAAUUUGGCACAGAUUGAGGAGGUUACGGAAUAUAUCAUGAUAAGCCACUCUGAGGCUCUUAUUUCACUUCAUUGCUUCAAAAAUUUAAAGAGAAUUGGAGGCAGUGUGUUGCACCAAAAUAAGUAUGUUUUCUAUGCCUACGACAACCUGAAUCUUCAAGAACUGUUUAUGGAACAUGUCACAAGCAACCUAACCAUUGGAAAUGGUACAGUCCUGUUCCAGUACAAUAGAAAACUAUGUUACAACAAAAUCAAAACAUUCGUAACCUCCGUUGGGCUCGAUAUUAAUAAGAUAAGUGCGGAGGAAGUCUCGGCCGACAAUAACGGAGAUCAGAUGCCAUGUGACAUACAGAAGUUGAUGAUGAGAUCGUUGAAGGUAUCGCCUCAUAUUGCCUUUGUGUCGUGGACAAAAAUGAACAUUACGGGUGAUGCUCGUCAUCUGAUAGGUUACACAAUCAGCUGGAAAGUUGCGCCGGAGAAGAACGUUUCUAUCUAUAAAGGGCGUGAUGCAUGUUCGGACGACCUAUGGUUGAGCAAGGACGUUUGUACAAACAAACCAUGUGACCGAUACAUUAAUUACAUCGCAGGGCUCGAACCCUGGACCCAGUACGCGGCCUAUAUAAGGGCACUGACUGUAUCCAAAGCAUUGAAAGGCGCAAGCAGUGAUGUGAUUUACUUUCGUACGGCAGCAGAAGUUCCAACAAGCCCAAUAAAUCUCCAGGUGAAAGAGAAACAUCCAGGUGAACUGGAAGUGUCUUGGGACCCGCCCAACAAACCCAACGGGAACGUGACCCACUAUCACGUCUACUGGCAGCUUCGUAAAUUCAACCAGAAAGAAUACGAGCUCAGAAAUUACUGCACAAACCCACUGUCUGUGAGCCUCAUUAAGAGAGAGAUAGAAGAGAAACAGGCUGAGGAGAAAAGAAACGUUACGAGAAACGGAACGUGCUGUGAGUGCCCGAAAACAGAGAAACAACUACAGGUGGAAGAGAGAGAGCGAUAUCUCGAAAUUCAGUUCCAGGAUUAUCUACAAAACCAGGUUUAUGUUAAAAGACUUGAACCAGCCGAAACCACAAUAGCUGCUAGAAGGCGACCUAAACGUUCCGUAGCAUCGGGCACAUCACAUGAGGUCAAGAAGUACACAUAUCAGUCGUCGGUGGAAGGCACGGUGACGGUGAACUUAACAACCAUGACGCCGACAGUAGACACCGUGACGUCCCCGCCACCAGAAGAUAAAGUUCCAAAGGGAGAAGUCAGCACAGAGAAUCCUUACAUGAUGGCUGACGUGGUCGAUCAGCGAAAGUUCAUCAUAACAAAUCUCGGUCAUUUUGAAGAUUAUAACAUAAAGGUUAUAGCCUGUCAUACAAGGGAGGCAGACAAAGAUAUGCUGUGUAGUAACCAGGCUCUCGGAUUUGGCCGCACUUUACCCGACAGCAAAGCAGACACGAUUAAUUCUAGCCUAGUUGAUGUUAAAUACAUGGUGAACAAGACUGGCGCUGUACAUAUAAAGUGGCAGGAUCCACCAAACCCUAACGGCCUUAUUCUCACUUAUGAUAUAGAGUACAUGAAUCAAAAUAUUAAAAAUGUGAAGCCAAUCUUGAUAUGCAUCACCUAUGAAAUAUAUCGUGAUGUCGGGAAAGGUGGACAUUUAUUGGAUAAGCUUGACCCUGGAAACUACACGUUCAGACUCCGAGCAACGUCACUCGCAGGAAAUGGCUCGUGGACAGACUACCUAUAUUUUACAAUAAAUAAUGUGGCCACCAAAGAAUGGCCACAGAAUCAGAUGGUUGCAGUCGUCAGCAGUGUUGUUGUUGUCAUCUUUCUGUGCACAGUUGUAGCAGUCUGGUUUAUCACUAAAAGAAGGUUUGCGAAGCAGGUACCGGACGGAAUGCUCGUCUCUACAAACCCCGACUACAUGGCCGACUAUGCAGUUUAUGAACCUGACGACUGGGAAGUGGAUCGUGAUAAUGUACAGUUGAUUAAAGAAUUAGGUCAAGGUUCAUUCGGUAUGGUGUACGAAGGUCUCGUAAUUCUGACACCGGGAGGGGAGAAAACUCCUGUUGCGGUAAAAACAACAAACAAAAACAGCAAUGACCACGAUAGAUACCAGUUUCUACAAGAAGCCUCCAUUAUGAAACAAUUUCAAUGUGAACAUGUAGUCAGGCUGAUGGGUGUGGUGUCACAGGGUCAGCCUGCGUAUGUAUUGAUGGAACUGAUGCAGCAAGGCGACUUGAAAAACUUUCUACGUCUACACCGGCCCGAUGAGGAGGAUAAUAAUGGUCGACAACCGCCCAGUUUAAAACAAAUUCUACAGAUGGCCGGGGAGAUUGCAGAUGGUAUGGCGUACUUAGCUGAUAAAAAAUUUGUACAUAGAGAUCUGGCAGCUAGAAACUGUAUGGUAGGGGAAGAUAUGAUAGUCAAAAUAGGAGAUUUUGGAAUGACUCGUGACAUUUACGAGACAGAUUAUUAUAGAAAGGGAAGCCGUGGCUUGUUACCAGUGAGAUGGAUGGCCCCGGAAUCUCUAAAAGACGGUGUUUUCACCAGUAUGACUGACGUCUGGUCAUACGGUGUUGUAUUGUGGGAGAUGGCAACCUUGGCGGCUCAACCAUAUCAGGGCCUGUCCAACGAGGAAGUCCUCAGAUAUGUUGCCUCAGCCAAAAUAAUGGACACACCUGAACGAUGUCCAACCAAACUAUACGAUUUGAUGGUAAAGUGUUGGAGAUACAGACCAAAACAAAGACCGACAUUCAAAGAAAUCAUUGAACUGUUAUUACCUGACUUAGAUCAGAGUUUUAGAGACUGCUCGUAUUUCUUCAGUGAAGAGAACGCCAAAUACGAGGAAGCUAAGCAUCAUGGUGGGGCGUCGAACAAUCGUGACGAUUAUUUAGAAACAUUGGACGAUGAGGAGGAUAAUGAUCCUCAUUGUCCCGUAAACGAUUACGUUGACGAGGCUCACUUGCCGAUGUUAGGUGUCGGAGCCUCAAACGGGCACAGUGUAGAACUUCAAGAUAUAUUUAGCGAUACUGGCUCAUAUCCUCAUUAUAGUAGUUCCCAUAACAAACAGCAUGACGGGUCGGCGGAGGUUUGCGAUUGUAGUGUGAUUAGAGAACAAGCGGGGGCGGCGGCUCAAUCAAAUAUUGACUUUACGAGACAGGGCGUCUGCUCGAGCCCAAACAGCGCUAUCGGUGGCUCAAGUGACGGGAGUAAAGAAAGUAGUAAAAGUUCGAGCAGUAGUUACGCGCACAUGAACGGACUGAGUGUGGCUAACGGGCAUGUUCCGUUACACUUACAACGGACUACGCCUUGCUAGCACAAGUACCCCCUCUCUUAAAAAUGCUCAGUGUGAUAAAACCAUUUAAACUAUAAUUCAAUAGUUCCCAAUUUUUUUUAGUGAAAAGUGCAAGAUUAGAUUUUCAUGCAAGAUAAUACAAUACUGUGCUAAGAACAGUUGAUCGGAUUUUGGAUCAACGGAAUAUGUGAAAAUAUUCAAAAAUAUUCAUCAGUGAAAGUGAACUAUGAAAUUCAAUAAACAAAAGUUUAUGCCAAAACCAUGUACUUAAAUGGUAAUUAUUCAUAAAGUGAUUUCUACAUUUGUGCCAACCAGUGUAUUACGCUUCAUGUUCUGUCUAUCAAAUGUUGACAUUUUGUACUGAGUUCCAAAAAAUAUAUAUAUAUAUAUCAUAGAUGUGGGCUAGAAAUAUUAUUUGGAUAACUGAAUUAAAAAAAAAACAACAUCAAAAUUUAGCCAAAACAAUUCAAGAUGGCGUAUCAAACAAAGGGAUGUCACUCUAGGUGCUUUUUUUGAGAAGGGAGGUAAUUUUAAAACAAUCAGUUAAUGGACUGAAGGUAUUCUACAUUGUGAUAAUCAGACAAUCAGCUAUGACUUGCUGAAACCGUUAAUUUCUCUACAUUUGUACAGUAUACUUCAUCAUGUGCUAUGUUUUUUUCUAUGUCUGCCUAUGUGCGACACGACGGGUGAAAAGGUGCCAGUUGGGUAGGGGAAAAAAUCAAAAUUCUGAAUUUCAUUGUUAUUCUUACAUUUUUAUCUUGUUUUCGUAUUAUUAUUAUUUUUUUUUUAUUUAUCCGCUGUUUUUACCAUUAUUUGUUUUAUUGUCAAGAAAACAAAAACAGAAGAUUUGUACCAAUGUUUUCUGGAGUAUAAUUUGAUUAAAACGUUAAGUAUAAUUUUAUUAAAACGUAACACGAAAAAAUGAUUGAAAAUAAACACAAAAGCGUACCCCCUACUGGCUCCUUUUUGCCCGACGUGUCACAUGCACAUUUUAAUGUACCAAGAACUUGAUGCGAACAGUAACAGUUGUGUACUUUUAUGAUUUUUAAAAAUAUUCUUUACAACUGUUCUAUUGGUACCAGACCCUAGAUAUUUGAUAAUUUCUGAUUUUUUUAUAUAUAUAUGUAUUUAUUUAUAUAUAUAAAUCAUUUACAUCAUGUAACAUACAUCAUUUGAUUACUUGACAUUUAUUUGAUACUCAGCUAGUCUGUUUUCCUAAACCAUUUUGUCAUUUAUGCUGGAACAAUCGUGAAAUAAAAAUAUAAGAAAUAUUA